AUGUCCACCCCUUUCAACGCCGAGAGCUCCUCUUCAGAUUCGUACACACCGCCUCAACCACAUCCCUAUCAACUAGCAGCGUACAACUCUCCCGUGCAGAGCGACAGCCCCGCUAUAUCGUACCACUCCCGCCCAUUAGAGCCGGACAAACCACCAGAAAGUAUCACAGGACACACUUUCACCGUCAUCCAACAACAACAACCUCAACGCUCACUCCAAGCACAAUCCUACCAUCUCCCCAACUUCAAACCCCUCACCCUCUUUCUCAUCUUCCUCCCCAUCCCACCACUGCUCUCCAUUUUAUACCUCGUAACAGGGCACGCCAUCCUCCGACACCACCACACACCCAAUGGCCCCUACUCCGCCCCAUUUUCAUCCUCCGCCAAAGCAGGUCUAGUAGGCGGAACCAUCCUCUCCAUUCCCCUCGCUCUCCUGCUCUACCUCCUCCUCUCCCCAACCUCCAAACCAAACGAAUUACCAGAGGACUUUUUCGAAGACGACGAUGAUGAAGGCGGAGUGGGUACUUCAAGAUGGGCGUGGUACGCUGGCCUUGGGACUGUUUUUGUUCUCGUUCUGUGCAUUGGAGGCGCGGCGGGUCCGUUGGGUGUUACGUGUCUCUCUAAAAACGAGGGCGAGGAGCUGUUGAGUCCUGGGGAGGCGGCUGCGGCGGGCAUGGUGGGCGGGCUGGUGUUGGCUUUUGGGAGUGUUACGGUCGCUGCUGUUGGGUUGGUGUGUUGUGCGAUUUGGUUGAGGAGGACGAGUACGAGGUCAUGA